AUGGGUCUAACAAAUUGUUUGAGGUUUAUAACGUCGACAAUCCUCUGGGUAUCCGCGGCAUUGGUCCAUGCCGAGUCGUCGCCGAUUUUCCUUGACUGGACCAUAUCUUACUCUCACCGUGCCCCUCUUGGCGUUGAGAAACAAGUGAUUGUGAUCAACGAUCAAUUCCCCGGGCCACUUUUGAACGCGACGACCAAUGAUGUUGUGAAUAUUAAGAUUCAUAACAACUUGGUGGAUCCAUUUCUUAUGACAUGGAAUGGAGUGCAACUAAGAAGGAAUUCAUGGCAGGAUGGAGUGCAAGAAACCAACUGUCCGAUAUUGCCAGGCCAGAGAUGGACAUAUAGUUUUCAGAUUAAGGAUCAAAUUGGAGGCUUUUUCUAUUUCCCUUCACUUCUGUUUCAGAAGGCUGCCGGUGGAUACGGUGCCAUACGGAUGAACAAUCGCCCUGUCAUUCCUCUUCCUUUCCCUCAUCCUUACAAAGAUUUGGAUAUUCUAAUUGGUGAUUGGUACAAUACUGAUUAUCGGUUGUUGAGAGCCUUGCUUGAUGUUGGGAACGGUUUGCCCGACCCGGAUGGAGUCCUUAUCAAUGGGCUCGGACCCAAACAAGCAAUUUUUGAAUUUGAACCAGGGGCUACAUACAGGCUCAGAAUUUCAAACGUGGGCUUGAAAACGUCUCUGAACUUCAGAAUUCAGGGCCAUGUGAUGCGGCUGGUUGAGACUGAAGGAUCUUACACCAUUCAAAAAGACUACAAUAAUCUUGACAUCCACGUGGGUCAAUCUUACUCAGUUUUGGUCACAGCAAAGAAGCAGAUAAAUUGCAUCUCCUACUACAUGAUUGCAUCCUCUCGCUUUACUCAACGACAACUCCUGGGUCUUGCUAUCAUUCGCCAUCCUGGCUCUGUUGAAGCUCCAAUGGGCCCUAUUACCCCAGGCCCAGCUAUAUAUGAUUAUACCUACUCCAUUUCACAAGCCCAUUCCAUUAGGUGGAACUUAAUGGUUGGAGCGGCUCGGCUAAAUCCGCAAGGCUCCUACCACUACGGCAACAUCGACAUUACACGUACACUCAUAUUAAAGAACGGUGUUAUGUCUAACGGACACGAGCAUCGCUAUACCGUUAAUGGAGUCUCAUUUGUUCACCAGGACACACCAUUGAAGUUGGCAGACUAUUUUCGACUCACUGAUGCAUCUUACUCUGACAUUAUUCCUGAUACACCAAAUGACGAUGUUCUUCCAACUUUUGGCACUUCAAUUGUUGAAGCUGUUUAUCGUGAUUUUUUCCAUGUGGUUUUUCAAAAUCCCUGUCAAUAUAUACAAACAUGGCACCUUGAUGGCUACAGCUUCUUCGUCGUUGGCAUGGAAUUUGGGACAUGGGAUGAGAGUAAGAAAGCAGGAUACAACAUGGUUGAUGCUGUUUCUCGCUCCACAGUCCAGGUAUAUCCAUUUGCUUGGACAGCAAUAUUGGUAAAGCUGGACAAUCAAGGACUUUGGAAUCUUAGAUCACAGAAUGCAGAGAACUGGUAUCUUGGGCAAGAGCUGUACAUACGAGUCAAAGGUGUUGGAGAGGAAGACCCAUCAACCAUUCCUGUAGAGGAUGAAGCUCCAAUUCCUGCAAAUGUCAUCAAAUGUGGACAGGCCAUUCUAUAG